ACUCUUCACUCUCGCAGCUUCUUUAACUUCGCUUUGUUUUUUUUUCUCCGACGACCGGAAGAGUCCUUUGCAAAUACUCAUAUGGCGGCGUGGACAGCCGCGGCACGGCAAGCCGCGAAUAUCUCUCGAUUCUCCGCUCCCAAAUCAGUCCCUACUGCGAGCCAAGCCGCCAACUUCAUCCAGCGGCGCGGUCUCGCCGGCGGCGGCGACCAUCAUGGUCCACCAAAGGUGAACUUCUGGGCGGACCCAAUGAGCCCUUCAAAAUGGAAAGAAGAGCAUUUUGUGCUCAUUUCCCUUUCUGGUUGGGGGUUGGUCUUCUACGGAGGAUAUAAGUUAUUCACAGGAGGCAAGAAAGACAAGAAGGAAGAGAAAGUCAGUGAAGGAUCUCAUUGAGUUCGGGUUAGUUCAAUUCGAUCUGGAAUAAAUUUCACUACACUUUAUGGUAGUUCCUUUUCUUGAUGUGAUAAGAAAAAUGAUGUCAAGCUCUGGUCAAAGCUUCAAGACAAUUUGUUCAUCUGUUAUCUCCUCUCACCUAUCCUCCUUUCCACCUUGCUCUUUUUGGUUCUUAAAUUUGUACAUUUACUCUUGAAUGGGCAGACAUGUUUUGUUCUGCUUUUCUUCUAGAAUUAGUACAAUGCAAACACUUUGAUUGUCAAAUAAAAGCUUCUCUUCAGAUCCAA